CGGCUCCCUUUGUGGCAGGAAGCCGCUGCCGCCCGUGGCUCCCUUUGUGGCAGCCGCCAUGGCGGCCGAGCGGGCUCCGCCGGCCCGGGCCCAACCUCCGCCCCCCGGCCCCGCUCCCGGCCCCGCUCCCGGCCCCGCCCCGGGCUCCGAGCCCGCGGCACGAACCGGCCUCAGCCUGCCGGGCAUCCUGCACUUCAUCCAGCACGAGUGGGCGCGGUUCGAGGCGGAGAAAGGGCGCUGGGAGGCGGAGAGGGCCGAGCUGCAGGCGCAGGUGGCGUUCCUGCAGGGCGAGCGGCAGGGCCAGGAGAGCCUCAAGCUGGACCUGGUGCGCCGCAUCCGGAUGUUGGAGUUCGCCCUCAAGCAGGAGAGGUGCAAGUACCACAAGCUGAAGUUCGGGACGGAGGCGGCGCCGGGGGAGAAGCGCCCGGAGGAGCCGGUGUCCAACGGCCCCGUGGAGCUGGAGGGAGCCUGGAAGGAGGGGAGGCAGCUCCUGCGCCAGUACCUGGAGGAGGUCGGCUACAGCGACACCAUCCUGGACAUGAGGUCGCGGCGGCUCCGCUCGCUGCUGGGCCGGAGCCCCCCCGGAAUUCCGGGAAUUUCCCCCGAAAUUUCGGGAAUUCCGGGAAUUCCCGGAGCCCCCCCCAGCCCCGGGAGCCCCCCCUCCCCUCCCCCGGCCACGGAGUCGCUGCUGCUGCGCCGCAUCGAGGAGCAGAUCCAGAGGAACGCCGGGAAGGAGCCGCAGGCGGGGCUGAGCCCCUCCCCCCCUGAGGAAGACAGCGAUGAGGAAGAGGAGCCCGAGGGCCCCUCCCCCACCCCGGCCCGCAGGAGGGGCAAGGGUGUCCCCAAGGUCCCUGAGGAGGAGGAGGAGGACGAUGAGGAUGAAGAGGACUCCGAGGACGCCCUGGGCGAGUUCGACUUCCUGGGGACACCUGGGGACACCCUGGGGACACCUGGGGACAUCCGAGAGAGCCACCGGUGCCACCUGCGGGACGGGGACCUGGGGCCACCGCGGCCACUGCGGCCACCGGAAGGGCUCCCGGCCGAGGCGCUGGCCCUGGAUGGCCUCGGGGACCUGGCGGAGCUGACGGUGACAAAUGACAACGACGGCGGCGACGUGACGGACGGCCGCGCGCUGUCCCCGAAGCGCAGCUGGAGCCCGCGCCUGACGCUGCGCAGCCACUACGACGCCGUGCGGGCGCUGGCCUUUGUCCCUUGUCACCCGGCGCUGGUGACGGCCUCCGAGGACGCCACCCUCAAGCUCUGGAACCUGCAGAAGCCGCUCGUGCCCAGGAAGAACGCGGCGCUGGACGUGGAGCCGGUGUACGCCUUCCGCGGGCACAGGGGCCCGGUGCUGGCGGUGGCGGUGGCGGCAGGUGACACUGGUGACACUGGUGACAGCGGUGACAGCGGGGGCGCGGGGCUGUGCUGCAGUGCCGGGGUGGACGCUCGGAUCCGCUGCUGGCGCCUCCCGGGGCUGGACAGCGACCCCUACGACGGCUACGACCCGCGGGUGCUGCGCGGGGUCCUCGAGGGCCACGCCGACGCCGUCUGGGGCCUGGCCUUCGAUGUCACCGGGCGUCACCUGGCCUCGUGCUCGGCCGACGGCACCGUGCGCCUCUGGGACCCCCGCGGGGACAGCGGCGGUGGCAGCGGCACGGCUGGCACCUGCCUCAGCGUCCUGGACGGGCACAAAGAUCACGGUGUCCCCACCUCGGUGACGUUCGUCCCCACCCACCCGGCCCAGCUGGUGGCCGGCUUCCGCUCCGGUGCCACCGUGCUCUACGACCUCGAGGCCACCAAGGCCACCCUGGUGUCCCCAAACGGCGGUGGCCGUGCCCAGGUGAACCAGGUGGUCGCUCACCCCUCGCAGCCGCUGACCAUCACGGCCAGCGACGACCGCGCCAUCCGCUACCUGGACAACCGCACAGGUGCGGUGGUGCACUCCAUGGUCGCUCACCUGGACGCCGUCACCUGCCUGGCCCUGGACCCCAGCGGAGCCUUCCUGCUGUCCGGCAGUCACGACUGCUCGCUGCGCCUGUGGCACCUGUGCCAGCGCACCUGUGUGCAGGAGCUGCCCGCUCACCGCCGCAAGCACGAGGAGGCCGUGCUGGCCGUGGCCUUCCACCCCCGGCGCGCCCUCAGCGCCAGCGCCGGCGCCGACGCCCUGGCCAAGGUGUUCGUCUGACGCCUGGCACACCUGGGCACACCUGGGCACACCUGGGCACACCUGGACACAGCUGUGGACAGCGCCAGGACAGGACAGGAGGUGGUGUCACUUUGUUCCUCUGUGUGUUGGUGGCACCUGUCACCUCUCCCAGACUGGGGUGGCACCUGGGCACACCUGGUGGCACCUUGGCACACCUGGGCACACCUGGGGAGAGCACUGGGACCAGACAGGAUGUGGUGCUCUUUGUCCCUCUGUGUGUUGGUGGCACCUGUGGUGGCACCUGUGGUGUCCUCUGUCACCUCUCCCGGACUGGGGUGGCACCUGGGCACACCUGGUGGCACCUGGGGACAAUGCCAGAACAGGACAGGACAUGGUGCCAUUUGUCUCUCCGUGUGUUGGUGGCACCUGGUGGUCUCUGUCACCUCCCCUUGCCCAGGGAUCAGGUGUGACACACCUGAGGUGGCACCUGGGCACACCUGGUGGCACCUGGGGACAGCACCAGGACAGGACAGGACAUGGUGCCAUUUGUCUCUCCAUGUGUUGGUGGCACCUGGUGGCCUCUGUCACCUCCCCUUGCUCAGAGACCAGGUGUGACACACCUGUGGUGGCACCUGGGCACACCUGAGGUGACACCUGGGCACACCUGGGCACACCUGGGCACACCUGGUGGCCUCACCACAGACCAAGGACAGGACAGGAGGUGGCACCACGGUGACACAGUUUGUUCCUCUGUGUCUUGGUGGCACCUGGUGGCCCAGGGACCAGGUGAGGUGACACCUGGGGACACCUGGUGGCACACCUGGGCACACCUGGGGGCAGCACCAGGAACAGGACAGGAGGUGGCACUGAGGUGACAUCGGUCAUUGCUGCGUGCUGGUGGCACCUGGUGGCAUCAGGUGGCCUCGGUCACCUCCCCCCGAGCAGGUGACACACCUGAGGUGGCACCUGGGCAGGUGAGGUGGCACCUGCCAUUGUCACCUGUCCCUGCCCAGGCCUGAAGGGCUCUGUUCCCUCCCCCCCCCCUCAAAUUUGGGACAAAUUUGGGACAAUUUGGGGGAUUUUUCCCUCCAGGUAAAUCCCAAAUUUUAGGGAUUUUUUCCCAAAUUUUUAGGAUUUUUCCCCAAUUUUUUCAUAUUUUUCCCCACCAGAAAAAUCCCAAAUUUGGGGGAUUUUUCCCUCCAGAUAAAAAUCCCAAAUUUUAGAGAUUUUUCCCCAAAAUUUUUAGAAUUUUUUCCGCCAUUUAAAUCCCAAAUUUUAAGGUUUUUCCCCAAAUUUUUUAUAAUUUUCCCCCCAUCUAAAUCCCAAAUUUUAGGGAUUUUUUUCCCAAAAUUUGGGGAUUUUUUCCUUCCAAUUUUUUGUAUUUUCUCCCACCAGAUAAAUCCCAAAUUUUGGGGAUUUUUCCUUCUGGAUAAAUCCCAAAUUUUAGGGUUCCCCCCCAAUUUUUAAGAUCCCCCCCCCCCCCAUUAAUUCCCAAAUUUUAGGGAAUUUUCCUCAAUUUUUAGGAUUUUCCCACCCAAGUAAAUCCCAAUUUUGGGGGUUUUCCUCACAAAUUUUGUAAUUUCCCCCCAAUUUUUAGGGUUUUUCCCUCAAAUUUUUUGGGUUUUCCCCCCAAAUCAAUCCCAAAUUUUGGCAUUUUCUCCCCAAAUUUUUAGGAUUUUUUUGCCUGAAAAAUCCCAAUUUUUAGGAUUUUUCCCAAUUUUUAGGAGUCUUUCCCCCCAAGAUUUUUGGGAUGUUCCCCCCCCACGUAAAUCCCAAUUUUUUUAAAUAUUUCCCCCCCUAAUUUUUAGGGUUUUUUCCCUCAGAAAAAUCCAAAUUUUUGGGAUUUCACCCUCUGGAUAAAUCCCAAAUUUUAGAUAUUCCCCCUCCCCCCGCUCCCAUUUUUGGGAUUUCCCCCACUAAUUUUGGGAUUUUUUUUUCUCCCCAAAUUUGGGGAAUUUUCCCCCCCAAUUUUUGGGAUUUUUCCCCCAAUUUUGGGAAUUUUUUCCCUGCAGUUAUUGGAAUUUCCAUCCCCCGCAAAAUUUGGGGAUUUUUACCCCCAAAUUUUGGUAUUUUCCCCCCAAUUUUUGGUAUUUCCCCUCCCAAAUUUUUGGGAUUUUCCCCCACAUUUUUGGGAUUUUUUUCCCCCCAAAUUUUACGAUUCCCCCCCAGAUUUUGGGAUUUUUCCUCCCAAUUUUUGGGAUUUUCCCCCAAUUUUUAGGUGUUCCCUCCCCCCAAUUUUGGGGAUUUUUUCCCCAAUUUUUGGGAUUUUUUUCCCCCGAUUUUUGGGAUUUUCCCCCUUUGUAAAUUUUGUACAGCUGAAAACUCCCCCAAAUCCCCUAAAAAUUCCCCAAAUUCCUUUUGAAAUCCCCCAAAAUCCCCCAAAGCCGCCCCCCCGGGGCUGCCAGCGCUGCCUUAUCACCGUGUGAUAAUCGCGGAGCCCCAAAAUUCCCCAAAUUCCCCCCAAAAAUCCCCCAAAUCCCCCUUUUUCACGGCGUUUUCUUGGAUAUUUAUUUGGUGUUUUUGGGGUUUUUUGGGGUGGGGGAGGGGCGGCAAUAAAAGAUUUUGGCAAAA